UGAGGACCCUGGACUCAGGAGGAAGAGGAAGGACCCCCUCCUGGCCACCAUAGCUGCCAGAUCAACCCUGGUGCCUGGGGGGCAGCCUCCAUGGGCAGACAUAUUCACCCAGGUCACCGCCUGGAUUCAGAAAACGGGGUUCCGUGUGGAAACCGGGGGCAGGAGCAGUAGAAGUUGCAUCCGGUCCUGCGUCUCUGCGCCGUGUUUUCCUCUGGUUCAUCUUGGGAGCCCGAGGGUGGCCUGGAUCCGAGACGUAGCAGGCCCCCGGUCUUCCUCCCACAUUCUCUCCGCGCUGUGGGCCUUCUGCUGCCGUCAGCCCGUCCAGGAGACGCACACGGGCUCCCCCCACCCCCUGACCGGACCUUUGUGCUCGGCAAGAGCGGUGCCGGGCGCCGGGUCUGAAGCCAGCGGGCGUCGUGAGCCCCUUCCCGCCCCGCACACCCCGUCUUUGGGAGGGCCCGCCCGUCCCACAUGCCGUGCUGUGCUCGCGGAGACCAGGCGUGCCGGCCGCUGCUUUCAGUGCUUGGGGGUCCCCUGCCUGGUCCGGCCAGUCUGGGGGUUCUUCAGGCUCCUGCCCGCCCCCCGCGCUUGCUUGAGGACGGUCACCGCGGAAGGUGCCGUCGGCCCCACCCCACACCUGCUGGGUCAGAGGCGCGCGGAGCCGGGAAUCCGCACCUCACCGGGUGGUUCUUGGACACGGGAAAGCUGACUGCCGGUGCUCCAGGCUGACAAAGGUGCCCUUCUGGAACUUUCGAAGCUUUGGGAUAAAAUCGGACGCGUCAGAGGCGUGUUUUCCACACUAAAACUUAAAAGUCCGGUCCGGUUUGCUUUUUAGGCAGGGCUUUAUGGCUUCGCCCGUUUGGGGACAGAAGGCUACGGAGAGAACAAACUCCCACCAACUCCCACCGGACGUUUGGCAGCCAGGAAAGGAGAAGUCGUGUGCCCUGCACCCUGCGGGGUGUGUGAGAAGGCUGCCGGGGGGCCUCCUCCUCCCAGUGAUUCAACCAAACGCGGAUCUAGGUGCUGCCGGGAAGGCAUUUUGCAGAUGUAGGUGGCAUCUACCACCAGCUGACUUUAAGUAAAGAUGAUCCUCCGUAAUGUGGGUGGGCCUCGUCCAAUCAGUUGAAAGGCCUCAAGAACAAAGCCGGGGUUUUCCUGAGGAGGAAGAAAUUCCACCUGUGGCCUGUAGUGUCAGCUCCUGCCGGAGAGUUUCCAGCCUGGCCGGGCUGCCCCGGCCAGCCCCACAAUCAUGAAAGUGCUGACUUGGGUGUUUUCCCUCCUUGUCAGUGAGUCGUGGGCCGGCCCUGUUGGGAUCCGUUGCCGGUCUCCGCUUUCUCCACCGUCCCGUCUUUCCUCCCCCUCUUUCCUUCCCAUCCACAGGUCCCGGGGAGAGGCCGCACAGGCCUGCCGCCCGAGUCGCCGACCGGGCCAGCUGUGAGUGUUUCUUUGGCAGUGUCUUAGCUGGUUGUUGUGAGUAAUAGUGAAGGAAGCAAUCAGCAAGUAUACUGCCCUAGAAGUGCUGCACGUUGUGGGGCCCGCGAGGGAAGGAACAGGCCAGAGGCGCCCGGAGCCAGCGGGGGACGCCGGAUCCAGGAUGUGGGCGGCUGUGCUCCGCCAUGUUGGUUGGUAAGGGCCUUCGGGGGGAGCAGCCUCUAGGGCCCCCGGACUGGCCUGCUCGUGGGUGUUGAGGGGGGGGAGAAAAGCACCCAGGCUGGGGCCUGGAGGCUUCUGGCUGGGAGAAGUUGGCACCCAGGGAUGAGCAAAGCCGGCAUUUACAGAGCGCUCAGGACGUAUGAAGCCCUGUUCUAAGCGUUCCGAAAUGUAUUCCCUCGGGAGCAAGAGUCUGCUGCUAUUUUUGUCUUACAGAGAAGAAAACGGAAACACAGCUGAUAGAAGCGGGGGACAGGGUUUGAACCCGAGCAGUGUGGCUUGAGAGAUGGGCCUCUGGGGUGGCAUCGCCACCCUGCGGACACCCAGACCCUGUGCCUCUUUCCCCGCGAGGCCGAUUGUGAAGGAAGUCAUUAGCUUUGGCGAAUGUGGCUGGGUGGGCAUUCGGAGGCGUGUCUGCCUUGGGGAGACUUUUCCUUGUCCGCCAAGGCCAGCCCCAGGACGGUGACCGGAAUGGAAUGAGAAGUUGCAGGUGUUUCCGCCCCAGUGGCGGAUCAGGAAGCUGCCUCCACGGGAGCUCAGCUAAAAGAGAGGCGAAUUCUCUGGGUCCUCCCGGCCCUCCCUGCGGACGCCGGCUUCGGGUCCAGCGGACCCUGUGGCCGGCUGGAUUGCCAUGGCAACACGAAGUGGACCCAAGCCCCUGGAGGACGGAGAGCAAAGACACAGUGGUGGCUUCUGUCGGUCUUGGACCACAAAGCGCAUCCUUGGCCUCCGUCUAGUGUUUGUAGGAAUUCACACACGUCCGCGAGGUGAAGCCAGAUGUCGGUGGUUACUCCUCUGGCCCCCCUGGCUGAGACGGGCCUCCAGGGUCUGCGAGGUGAUGGCGCUUCCGGUACCUUUGAUGCAGACCGAGGACAGCACCUGCUGUGACCCCCCGGCCUCCGCACGCCCCCUCUGCUCGUCCUCCGGCCACUGCCUGGGGUACCGCCCUUGCUCCGGCCCGCCUGCCUGGACCCCAUGUAGUGGCUCUCUUGUCUCGCCUGCCCCGGUGCUUCCUAGCAACCGAAGGGGAGCUGAGCCCGUUUCCGUCUUGACCCCUUUAUGUAAGCCAGAAGACCCCUUAGAAAGGUUUUCUGAGACUUGGAGUCUAACUUUGGCCUUGACACACCUCCUCGGGUCCAAGCUGGUCAUCUCCCUCUCAGUGCUCGAGAGCAAAGUGGACCGCCAGGCUCGCUGUAGCAAAUCGGAUUCCCGGGGGGGGGGGGGGGGGGACUCCUUCUGUUUCUCCUCCAGGGCUCAGAGGGGAGAGGGUCCCUUUGUAAUGCACUUGGGACUGGCCACACCCAUGCCUCCUUGGCCACAGAUUCCUCUCUCUGCUCCCCAGGCCCGUGGAGCCGGGCGUGGGCUGCAGUGGGGGCCGUGGGAUGUCUGGAAUGCCAGCCGCGGUGACCGACCAACGCUCAGCUCCCGGAGCUGUGACCAAGGCAGCAUUGGGGAUGGCUUUGGAGCCGAAGUCUUCACAUUUUUCCCAGUUUCGGGCGGAAGUGAAGAAUGCCCGCCUUCUCUCAGCCCCACCAGUUAAUUCAAGAGCUUGAAUUUUUUUGUUUGUUUGUUUGCUUUCUAAAUUAAAGGGACCACGCUCUUG